CGUCAUCAGCAUCAUCAUCAUCAGCAUCAUCAUCACCAACAACAACAAUACCAUCACUGCCACCGCCGAUACAACAACAACAGCAUUAUCAAAAACAACCCCAACCAGCCUCACCACCACCACCACCACCACCACGGCAACAACAAGACGAAGAAUUACAACAACAACAACAACCUGACAACAGAAUUACCACCACUGCCAACAUUCGUACUCACAGGGCAGCCGCCGCCAAUAUUUCUGCUACUACCAACACCACUAACACUGGUGUUAGUAGUAGUAGUAGUAGAAGUAGUAGUAGUGGUGGUAGUAAUAGUAGUAGUGGUGGUAGUAGUAAUACCACUACUACAACAACAACAACAACCACGACGACGUCUACGACCACCACCGCCACCACCACCACCACUAUUACUACUACCACUACUAAUACGUUUGGCACAGAACGACAACAACAACAACAACAACAGCCAACAACAGCAGCAGCCGCGGUAUUAUUACUACAACAACAACAACUGCUGCAACAACAACACCACCACCACCGCCGCCAUCGUCACCAUUACCACAAACGCAAACCAUUACAACAACUACUACUACACCAAGUGGCCCUACUACUACCGCCACUCUAUCAAUCAGCAGCAGCAGCAGCAGCACCAGCAGCAGCAGCAGCAGCACUAUUGCCAUCAACUGUAACACAUACCACUACCACCACGACCAGCACCGCCGCCGCCGCCGCUGCUGCUGCUACAGGCGUCACCACCGCCUCCACCACCUCCAGUAGCAGCAGUAGUAGUAGUACAACCACUACCACCACCACUACUACUACUACUACUAGUGUUCCUCACACUACUAGCAUGGCUGAUCCGGUGCUUGUGUCGGGCAAGCCGACCACGCCGACCAACAGUGCAGUGGAUACAUCGUCCUCCAUUGACAAACAAGAUGUGGACAGACUUACGGAAAGCCCGUCUUCCGGGGGAAGUCUGGACAAUUCGGUGGAGCACGGGCAUGGCCAUUUCUUCAUUAAAAAAACGUUCCAUAAACCUACCUACUGUCACCACUGUACCGACAUGCUAUGGGGUCUCAUCGGACAAGGAUAUAUCUGUGAAGUGUGCAAUUUUGUGGUCCAUGAUAGAUGUCUGAAAACAGUUGUCUCAGCCUGUUCAAGCAUUGCCACAAAUUUGAUCAAAAACCCUGUUGCCCACUGCUGGUCAGAACCUGGGCACUUCAAGAGAAAGUUUUGCAAUGUCUGUCGCAAAAGACUGGAAGACAGUCUUGGAAUACGGUGUGAGAUUUGUGAAUAUUAUGCACAUAUUGAUUGUCAAGAUUUUGUUGUGAGUGAUUGUAAAGAAUGUGCAACAUAUAUUCCACAAAGAGAUCUGUUAACUAUUGUCCAUUUCCACCAUUGGAGGGAGGGGAAUUUACCAGCUAACUCCAAGUGUGUGUCCUGUAAAAAGACUUGCUGGUCCUCAGAGUGCCUGGCAGGCAUGCGGUGUGAGUGGUGUGGUGUCACUGCUCAUGCAACCUGCUACAAGCACUUGCCAGAGGAGUGCAAUUUUGGUAGUUUGCGUGAAAUUAUGCUGCCUUCCAGUUGUCUCACCAUCCCUCGGCUGGAUGUUAGCAUGGAGACUUUGUUGGGACUCAAUAACAAGAAAUUCAACGUAGACAUACCAACUCGAACAGUAUCUGAAGAAUGGUCGUCCAGUGGUGAUUCAAAAGAUGAUGAAGAACGAGAAAGACGGUCUCCUCGGGAGAAAGAUGGAAAAGAUAAAGACAAAGAUAGUGAUGCUGAAAUCAUUCGAGUUUUUGAUGGCAAUAAUACAAUGAAGCGACGAUUGUAUAGGACAAUUUCAGUCAAUAAAAAUGCACCUACACAUGUUAUCUUGGAGGCAGCCCUUAAAACAUUCCACAUAUCUGAUGAUCCCAAAAAUUACUAUGUAACUGAAGCCUCAGAGUACGGUGAGAAAGAGCUUGAUGAAAACAGCCCAUUUAGACUCCAGCUCACAACUCCAGACGGAAAGCGACCGUCCAUAUUCCUUCGCUACAAAGACAAAGACCCCGAUAAAGGAUAUAUAAAGGUCUACUCAGGUGGCUUAAAAGUGUCUGUGGGAAGCAAGUUUGUUCCUAUCAACAAAGAUACCACAACAGACAUGGUGAUAAGGACAGCACUUAGAAAGUUUGGUCUGGAGAAAAAUCCAGAAAAAUACAAUUUAAUAGAAGUAUUGCUUGACAAAGGAGUUUCAGAACGAAUGUUAGAUCGUGAGGAACGGCCAUGGGAACUCAUUCAGCAAGCUCGUAAAGACUCUUUGCGGCAAAACCGGAUGACUCGUUUCUAUAUACAACAGACUGAAGACCCUCAUGGUCCUACGAUUUCCUUGUUUGUAGGUAAUUUACCAUGUGGAUUAUCUCAACGCCAAUAUGAAAAAAUCCUUCUUGACAUAAUAGGCCCAGAAAAUAAGUGGCACUCAUUUGAUGUGAUCUACUAUGAGUAUGGUGCUCUAGUUCUCAUAUACAACACUGCAGAGAAAGCUAGUCGUUCAUUCCACAUUUUAAGGGAUACUAUCUUUGAUGAUAAACAACUCCUUGCAAUGUUACUACCUAAUAUACAGUCACAUAUGAUUCCUGAUAAUGGUAUACAACCAUUAUUGGUAUUCGUAAACGUCAAAAGCGGUGGCUGCCAGGGAACAGAACUCAUCACUUCUUUCCGUAAACUUCUUAACCCUCAUCAAGUUUUUAAUUUAGAAGCUGGUGGUCCUCUACCUGGAUUAUAUGUAUUUCGGAAUGUUUCCUACUAUAAAAUCUUAGUCUGUGGUGGUGACGGAACUGUUGGUUGGGUUCUGUCAUGUUUAGAUAAUGUAUGCCAAGAUGCUGUUUGUCAGUCUCCUCCUUUGGCAAUAAUUCCUUUAGGCACAGGAAAUGAUUUAGCUAGAGUAUUACGCUGGGGUCCUGGAUAUACUGGCGGGGAAGAUCCCCUUAAUUUACUCAGAGAUGUAAUUGAUGCAGAAGAAAUUAAACUUGACAGAUGGACAGUAAUUUUCCACCCUAAUGAGAAAGAGAUGCCAGAUGAAACUAAGGUUGCCAUAGCAAAUGAUACAAAUUCAGCUAACACCAAUGAAGACAAUACCACAAUGUUUGUAAUGAAUAACUAUUUUGGGAUAGGAAUUGAUGCUGACCUCUGUUUAGAUUUCCAUAUGGCCCGUGAAGAGAAACCAGAUAAAUUCAAUAGCCGGCUUCAUAACAAAGGAGUCUACAUAAAGAUGGGAUUACGGAAAAUGGUAAACAAAAAAGCUUGCAAAGAUUUGCACCGUUGCAUCAAGUUAGAAGUCGAUGGCAAAUUAAUUGACCUUCCACCUGUUGAGGGUAUCAUCAUUCUAAACAUUCUUAGUUGGGGUUCUGGAGCCAAUCCAUGGGGCCCUGAAAAAGAAGAUUCUUUUAACAAACCCACCCACUAUGAUGGCAUGUUGGAAGUUGUUGGUGUGACAGGUGUGGUACAUAUGGGUCAGAUACAGAGUGGACUACGCAAUGGCAUCAGAAUUGCUCAGGGCGGACAUUUAAGAAUUACACUUUUAACAGAUCUACCUGUACAGGUAGAUGGGGAACCUUGGAUUCAACCAGCUGGCCAAGUUAUGGUCUUACGCUCAGCACUCAAGGCCACAAUGUUAAAGAAAAGUAAGAAUAAAAUCAAGAGGCGAAAUACAGAACCAAGUAUUUUCUUCCCCGAUAAUGAGCAGACCAAAACUACCCACUCUCCUAAUGAGGAGAGCAGGCCACUUUAACAGACCUUCCCCCAAGCAACGGUGAUGGCACUGUGUUUGUCCUGUAAAUCUAGAGUGUAAAUAAAAUAAAACAUUAUUUGGUAGUUAAAAAAAUUAAAAGAAAAAAGUCACUUUUAGAUCCUUGCUGAAAAGAAUAAUAAAAAAAAACAGAAAAAAAAAAGAAAAAAGAACAAAAUGCAAAAAUAUCAGCUGUUAUCAUUGAGGUGGUCACCAGCUGUUGGUACGGUGACCACCAUUGCUGACAAUGUGGUGAUCCCUGCACUGUUAAUGUGCCGGUCAUCAUAUUGUAGUGAUCACCAUGCAACCGUUGUGGUGGUCACCAGCUGUCUCCUAGGUAUGCAACAUACAUGAAUACUGGAUGUGUCUGUGUGCACAACAACAACAACAAACAAAUUGACACAAACAAACAAGCGAAUACACACACACACACACACACACACACACACACACACACACACACACAAACACACAUACACACACACAUACAUGCAUACGUUUGCAGUCAUUUACACAGAUGCACACACAACUACACACACAUGCAACCAUGCAUGCAUAUUCGCAUCAAUUGCAAUCUUUUACGUUUUAUGUAUUAAAUGUAUAUUCUGUUGAAAAAAAAAAAAGAUCCCGUGCCUAUGGAGGACACCAAGGAUAUUUGACGGAAACAAAUAUAUAUAUAUACAUAUAUAUAUAUAUAAAUACAUAUAUAAUAUAUAAUAUAUGACAUAUAUAUAUAUAUAUAUAUAUAUAUAUAAGCUAUCUUUGUCCAGCAAGCUGUGGAGGGAACUACAGCAUGGCCGUUCACCUGAGCCUUUAUUGUCUGUCUGUUUGUCUAGAUUGUGGGCCAACAUUGUUCUGUAUACAACAGAUAGAUCCCUGAUACAAGGCCAGGUGGAUAACUUGAGUCUCCUUGCUCAACAAAUCAAAUGCAUUGCUCACCCACCCUUCGCAACCCCUCCUUAACCACCUAAUUAACAAAAAAAAAAAUUCUAUAAAAAAAAAUAUAUAAUGACUUAUUAUAGAGAAUAUACAAAAGAAAGCAUACAGGCUCACACACACAAAUACAAACACACGCACGUCAUUAUCAGUGAUGAUUAUAAUUUAUACACACACACACACACACACACACACACACACACACACACACACACACACACACAUUCACACACACAUACUCACUCACACACGUGUAUAUAUAUAUAUUAUAUAUAUGCAUACGUAAAAAGAAAUGAAAAAUAUCUUAAAAUUCCACUUCCCCCACAAAAAAGUGACUUGAUACAAAGGAAAUAUAAACAUUGUUUGUCUGAGAGACAUUUCUGGUGAAAGUAGAAGAGAUGGUGAAGGUUUGAUACGAGAGACACGCAAAAUAUUGGUUUGAAAAUAAGAACUAAAGAAAAUAGUUAUAUUAAUGUGUGAGACAAUUAAAAAAAAAGAGGAAACAUGUAUGUAUGCAUGGAAAUAUAUAUAUAUAUGCAUGUGUGUAUAUAUAUACAUAUAUGUAUGCGUGUUUUACACACACAUAUAUAUUACAUAUAUAUAUAUGUAUUUAUAUAUAUAUAAAUGCAUACAUAUAUACAUGUAGCAGCACAUAGUCGCACAUUAAAAUGCAUGGAUGUAAGAAUGAGCUUUAAUUAAGUGUGAUAAUUGGUGACUAAUGCUACCACGACAACCCACAUUACUAGACCUAAUUAUGUCAGGUAGCUAAAAUAGAUGGACACUUAACAACAACAACAACAAAAUACCCUCACUCUGCAAAAAAAAAAAUACAAAAA